AUGACCAGCAAGAGGGUCGCGUUCAAGGUCCACGGCAUCGUGCAAGGUGUCGGCUUCCGAGACUUUACUCAAAAGUGCGCAAAUAGCCAUGGCCUGAAAGGGUGGGUUCGAAAUACCACCUGCGGAAGAGUUGAGGGAGAAGUUCAGGGUGAUGAACAGAGCGUACAAAAGUUGUUACAACAGGUAGAUAAAGGCCCGCGUAAUGCUCAUGUUGUGAAGCUUGAGAAGCGAGACUUGGAGCUUCAAGAAGGGGAGGAUCAGUUUUUGGUGAUGCGGACGGCCGAGUCGAUGUUUCAUUCUCAGGCUUAA